UCGCCAUCACACGUUCUGGCGUUGAGCGGGGUAAAAGCACAUCAUUGUAACAACAGCAGCGGCACCAACAUGGAUGACGAGGAGCCAGUAGACCCCUUGACAAAAAUCCGUGCAACCUGCGCCGAGACCACGGCGUGCGCGGCGGCGAUGAGCGAGUACAAGGCGUGUGUUGAACGGGUCAUCAGCAAGGGCUUCGGCACGUGCGAGCCAUGGUUCUUCGACUACAUAUCCUGUGUCGACAAAUGCGCCGCUCCCAAGAUCAUGAAAGUCACGAAGUGAUCGAUCGCUCCGUAGCCCCUAGGCUUCAAGGGAGCAAGCAGCACGCCUCCUCAGCGCUGCUUAGGCGACCCGCGCGGCGGCGCGCGGGGCGUGGGGGGAAGUACUCGGUUCCGCUGGGGGCUUCAGGGUGGCGGGGUUUGGUUGGAUUAGUCGGCGUGCGUUGAUUUCCUGAAUGGGCACACGCUGGGUAUAGUUUGUAGCAUGCGGAAGCCACGGCAGUCAUGCGGCUGAUGGCGGGGGNGGGGGGGGGGGGGGGGGGGGGGGGGGGGGGGGGGGGGGGGGGGGGGGGCUGCAGUUGAGGGUCACCAACCAUUUCGUUUGCCCCGUGACCCGGCACCCUUGCCGGACAAUGGGAUGAGAUGUGGCAUGUUACUUUCUGGAGGGCGGGAGAGAAAAACAUGAUAGGGUGGGUUAAAAAAUGGGGUACGCCGCGCCAGCGCCCGCGAAAGAGAGGGCAAGAGUUUGUUUGAUUAGAGAUCAAUUGUGCUUCUUUGGUGGAUCGGCGCCACACGCAUUUUUUCGAGGGAGGGCGGCAAGGGUUCUCACCCACAACUAGUCCUGUCUAAUGUGUGCUCUCGAGGGAUUUUGGGAUGGAGAGAUCCUGUGUUAUUUUUUGUUUUUGCUGUCAGGAGGAGUGGCGAAAGUCUCGGGUCGGCGGGCGAACGCUAAUCUAAUCUACCGGAUCCACAUUCAUGAAAGAUGUUGUGAGAGUGUCUGCGGGGGUUGGGUGCGGGUUCCGACACCUGCCAGAUACCACCGUUUUGGGGUGGGGAAGCAAACGUUCACUGCAUGGUGCUCACGCCGGAGGGUCAAAAGUACGCGGUCGGCGGCCGCAGUGCUCUUGCGCCCGGCUUGUUCGGUGUGCUCGCUUGGACGAGAGCAAAAUCAAUGGGAACAGACUUGGGAACAGCUCGAAAUGUCACAUGCGCUCAUCGAAGCGGCGAUGGUACCGGGCGCGGCCGUCGAAGAGUACGUCUGCAGGUGCAUGCGG